AUGGACACCUCCGAUCCAAACUCAAUCCCCCCUAUCCCUCAACGCUAUCGACACCUCCAAACCCCUGAACCGCGCCCGCGUCAACGCUCUCUACCCCCUCCGUCGCGCCGCGACCCCGACGCCGUUCCCAGCUCCCCCGAGGUCAUAUCUUCUCUGAUCACCAGUCUCUCCGUCAUCUCCAAGCCCGCCGACCAACACUUCGAGCGCAGCGCCCCGAGUCUCUCUGUUCCGGCAUCACCCCUCCGCAACGGCAGCUUUGGAGUCGACUACGGUGCCUUCAGUCAGCCCUCACUUGCUGACCUUCGUGCCGCCGACGUCCCCCUCGACGAGAUUGCAGCGUCGGCUCCCGUUAUCAAGACCUCCAAACCCCCUUCCGGCCUCUCGCCUCUGACAGCUCCAAAAUCGCCAGCCCGCGAAGCCUCCUCUGGUGGCCUCAGGUCUCUGUUGCGAAGUUCGUCGCGGCCCUCUUCGAAAGGAUCUCUGGGGUCGCGGGACGAUGCUCAAAGCAUCGGCAAUCUUUCCAUAGAACGAGGCUCUGCGCCCACCCCGGAACUAAAAAGACAGCGCUCGUACGACAGCUGGGGCAAGAAGCAGGGGAGGAGCCACAGGGGCUUGAUGUAUAUGAGCUCCAAGGAACAGUUACGAGAGAAGGAAGACAAGAAACGCGCGAGCUUCGGUGACCGAAGCUCCAACAGCUUCACUGGAACGUCGCUACGUCCCGAUCCGUUCCUCGCCGAGACACCAAUCAGCGAAGAGCCCGCCUACAACAUGGAAUCGUCCACACGAGACAAUUCCUACCACCAAGACAUGUCCAGCCCUAGCCGUGUGGAAGCCACGAGCCCGAGACCCAUUCCCGCCCGAGAUUCGUCCCUCUUCAAAACCGGAACCAACGCCAAGAGAUCUUCCACGAGAUCCUCACGAUCAAGACGAGAGAGCGAAAACGGCACGAGCGAGAUUAUCUACGAAGGUCACGCGCAAAUACCAGCACGGGAUGCGCCGAGGCGAAAACACCUGUCUCGCCAUGCUUCCGAAAACGAUUUGGCCAGGAUAUCCGCCGACGCAUCCGGCAAGCUAGCGAGCCGUCCAUUGUUCGAGACUCGGCACACCGAAGACUUUCGAGUCUCAGGUCCGUUAUUUGAAGAGGAGGAUGUCGAAGACAGCGCGCCGUUUCCCGCGGUUGCACAAGGCCGUCGUCGUGACGAUCAAACUGUCGACCGGAAUAUUCGGAAAUCAUUACGAGACAGCUCAGACGUAGGCGAGACCCUCAAGAUGAAGCGCAGCAGCUCCAGACUCAAGCGUCUAUCCGGGCCGUUGAGUCCCAAGGAUGAGCCCCAGACCAGCGCGCGCAACUCGGCGGCCUCACCAGAUCACCGCAACAGCAUGCCUGCCGGCUACGAGCGCCCACGCAGUGCAGAUUCUAUCGACGAUGCGGUUGAGUCUUACCUGUGUUCUCCCCGUUUAUCGCAAAAGAUCAAACAUCCUCAGACCGGCCGAGUGAUUUCAUUCUCCGAAGUGGGAGACGCAGAUGGCUCCGCAGUGUUCUGUUGCGUGGGCAUGGGGUUGACGAGAUACAUCACGGCCUUUUACGACGAAUUAGCAUUGACGCUGAAAUUGCGUCUCAUUACACCCGAUCGACCUGGCGUUGGUGAUAGUGAGGCAUACGCCGAUGGAACCGCGACGCCGCUCAGCUGGCCCGACGACGUCUACGCCAUUUGCCAGGCUCUCAAGAUCACCAAGUUUUCGAUUCUCGCACAUUCCGCCGGUGCGAUCUACGCGCUGGCGACUGCUCUUCGCAUGCCCCAACACAUCCGCGGGAGGAUACACCUCCUCGCUCCCUGGAUCCCCCCUUCGCAGAUGAACGUGUUUGGCACUUCACAAGCACUGCCCCCGACGAACGCGAUUCCGACAUCCCAAAGAAUUCUGAGAGCUCUCCCUACACCAUUUCUCAAGGCUGCGAACAGCUCCUUCAUGUUGGCGACGAGCAGCUCUAUUACGAGCUCGCUUCCCAAGACGCAAAGACGCAGCAAGCGGAAAUCCACUGCCACCACAGGCCGGGACACCCCGGCCAUGUCCAACGGCAACAAGCGAGACACGACACCCCACCUCGACAAGGAGAACUUGGGGCUGUUCAACUUCAACAAGGACCGCAACAGCGCCGGCGACGACUUGCUUGGGACGGGAUCCGCCCCGAUUGCCACAGAGAAUAUGGACCGGAUACGACCCGCCGGUACGGCGUCAGCACAGGGCCACUACGACUCUGACACACAGAUCCUGGCCGCCGCCGCGGAUGCAUUGAUGGACAAGGAACGUCAAACGAUUUACGACAACAGACUGACGCACGCCAUUUGGGAACUGGCGACAACGGGCGCCAACCCUGCGGUCGACCUGCUGGUCUGCCUAGAGCGCAGACACACAAUCGGUUUCCGAUAUGUUGACAUCACGCGCCCCGUCGUAAUCCAUCAUGGCAGCCGCGACACUCGCGUGCCCGUCGACAACGUCAAGUGGCUGGGCAAGACGAUGCGUCGCUGCGAAGUGCGGGUUCUCGAAGGUGAAGGCCACGGCCUGAUGGCGAGCGCCGGUGUCAUGGGUUCCGUGCUCAUGGAGAUCAGCAAGGAGUGGGACGAUUGGCUCCGCGCGACCAACGGCAAAAAGGACGACCGGAGCCGGAGGAACACCAGCGCGCGGUAA